AUGCUUGCCAAGGCUCUUGCAGCUGAGAGCUCGGCAAAUUUCAUCAAUAUCAAAAUGUCUACGAUCAUGGACAAGUGGUUCGGCGAGAGUAACAAGCUAGUAGCGGCGAUUUUUUCGCUGGCCCAGAAGCUACAACCAUGCAUUAUUUUUAUUGACGAGAUUGACUCGUUUCUUAGAGAACGGCAGUCUACUGACCAUGAGAUCACUUCGAUGCUUAAAGCCGAGUUUAUGACACUCUGGGAUGGUCUGACUAGUGAGGGCCGUGUGCUGGUUCUAGGUGCUACUAAUAGACCCAAUGACAUUGAUAGUGCUAUAUUGCGAAGACUGCCAAAACGGUUUGCGGUUCCUCUUCCUCAGGCACCCGAGCGCCGAAAGAUUUUAGAAAUCAUGUUAAACGGUGCGAAGUUGGAUCCAGGGUUUGACUUGGAUUUUGUCGUUGAACAGACUGCUGGAAUGAGCGGCAGUGAUAUCAAGGAAGCUUGUAGAAAUGCUGCCAUGGUGUCGAUGAGAGAGUAUAUUCGUAAUAAUUUUGUCAAUGGAAAAAGGGUGGAUGACGACAACACCGAGAUUAAUGUUAGACCAUUGAGGACGAGUGAUUUUUUCAAUCAUCAGGCCUCGGAAAAGCCGUUACCUAUGAACCAUAUUCGCGAGAUCUCAUAA